UUCUCUUCCAUCCGCAAUUCUUGGAAUCUCUCCAUAUUAACGACGACAAUCGGCCAGGUCGACGACGCGAUGGGGAUUAAGGCCGAGCGAGCCGAGAGGGCACGCUGGCGACCAGAAAACCACGCGAGCACUGGACAGGGAGAACGACGGGCUCGAUAGCGUUUGUGACCGAAGCGAGCACCGAAGACAAGCACGACGGGGCGGCUACCGGCGAACACCACGACGCGAUGACAAAAACAGACUGAAACAGGGAGCCGAGCGCCAAGGACGAGCCGAGCAGGAAAUCGAGAUCCGAGUUGGGCGAGUGGGAGGAACAGGGAGCUGGGCGACCGAGCGCCAAUGGGGAUGGGGCAUGUGCGUCCCUGCGACCAGAGGGAGUGCCGCGGCUACAGGGGCGCGGUUUGGCCAGGUUGGAGCAGCCGACGCUGGAGCUGGAAGAGGCUUCGGCCAUGGGGAAAACAAGGGGCCGGGGAGGAACUCGGCUGGGAGGAGCUCGACGCAAUGGAGCACGGAGGAAGGAGAGGGGUGCGCGCCAUGGAUGCGCAGGAGCGAGCUCCGGCAGCGCGCGUGGGGCUGGAACACCGAGCUGGCAGCCGGCGCGCAGAGAGAGGCGACCGAGGAAGAUGGAGAAGCUCGGCCGAGCGCCAUCGGGGCGAGCCGAGGGAGAAAGGAAGCCGCGGCAGAGAGCUCGCCGCGCAGAGAAGACUCCACUGGAGAACGAGCAGGGAGAACAAAGGAGCUGGGCGAGAAAUUUCACGCGCGGGCGCCAGGGAAUAUGAUAGGGCCGAGCAGGGCGCCGAGAGGAGGGAGAUGAGGGAGGAUCGAGCUCAUCGGCUGGGGAUAGAGGAGCGACUAGGAAGAUAAGACUGCUGGGAUUUUUUUUGCAGGUGACCGACGAAGCUUACGCGGCCACGGCAAGAACGAACUGGAGGCUGAAUGCCGCAUGGAGAUAAGAAUGGAAGCUGUUAAGCGGUAAGAAAAUCAAAGGAAGAGACAAACGUGCCUUGAGAAAAAUCCCGGCAACGGAUGAAGAUAGGAGUGGCUGAAAGGAUAUUUUUCUAGAUGUUUUUUUAUUUUUCUUUUCUUCUCUCUUUUUUUAAAGAGAAUUGCAAAUAUUUUGGAUCAUGAUUUUUA